AUGUCUACUCUCCGUCAACAUGUCCUUCUUCAACGUUCGAGAUCUGCUCCGAAUCAGCAGCGACGAAGCCUUCCUGAAGUGACCACAAACUCCCCGUUCCCAUCAGCAUGCACCCCUCCUCCAACACCGACGACUACUGAAUCCACGACUCCAACCGUUCCACCGAUUUUCGAAAAAAAGGACGGGCUGUUUAACGAUUCCUCGAAGUCUCCAAUUUCUUCAAAUCCCCCAUGCAUUUGUUUCAAUUGUUGGGGACCGUGGGCGGCGUCGGGAAGUUCAAAGAAUUGGAGAUCGCCAGACAAUCUGGUGCAUUCCGAUGUGCUCACUGAGGAUACGACGAUUUAUGAUGGAGGGAAAACGACGAACUCCUCGUGCGCUACUACUAUCAAUGUGGUGAAAGACGUGUUGGCGUCUCCAAUUAGGCCAUCUCGAAUUCAAGAGGAAAACUUGCUGCUGAAAAGGAAAGCGGAACUUCAGAACGAGAUCAUCUCCAAGCUCCUAGAAGUUGGUAACAUUACGGAUGAGCUUGCCCGACUACUCAGAUAA